UCAUGCUGCUGCCAGGUCCAGAGUCUCUCAUGGGUCCCUGUACGGCCUCCCAUUGCUGCUGUCUCCAUCGCCACACUCUGCCAUGUGCCACUUUCAGGUCUCCUCACACUGCUGGUGUGUUCCAUUUUUUGUCAUAGGGUGCUGGCAGAUUACGGGCCUCCCAUAGCUGCUGCCAGGCCCCUAAUCUGCCAUGGGCCCCUAUACCGCCUCCUCAUGCUGCUGCCAAGUCCAGAGUCUCUCAUGGGUCCCUGUACGGCCUCCCAUUGCUGCUGUCUCCAUCGCCACACUCUGCCAUGUGCCACUUUCAGGUCUCACACACUGCUGGUGUGUAGAAUUUUUUGAC